CCUCUUUUGUUUUCCUUUUGGAAAAAAAUAAUAAGUAAACAAACGAGCAAGCUUAUUUGUACCCUUACAUGGAAUAUAUCUCAACCGUAGCCAUCUCCAUCUAUCUCCCUCCGGCCUUCUCCCAUUAACCGCCCUAGCAAGUUCCUUCCAUUUCGUCGCCGGCUCUUUCACAAUGGCCUCCUACCGUACCCAACCCUUACAGCCAUUGAACAAUGGCCAAUUGAAUGCCCGACUUGCGACCACCCCGGUGAAGUCUCUCGCUUCUCCCGCCCAUGCUGCUGCUGCCACUGCUACCCGCCGUGUGCGUGACGGUGCCGAAGCCAAGGAAAAACCAAAGAAGAAAGAAAAGUUGUCAAGUUUGUGCAAGACUCCACCCUCCAUUGUCCGUACCCGGAACGGGAGAGAUUAUCAGAGAGGCUUGUUUUUAGGUGAGGGUGGUUUCGCCCGUUGUUUUCAGAUGAAGGACUCGUCGGGACAGAUCUUUGCCGCCAAGACGGUCGCCAAGGCCUCGAUCAAGAACGAAAAGACUAAAACAAAAUUGUUAUCGGAGAUCAAGAUCCACAAGUCUUUGAAACAUCCAAACAUUGUCAACUUCAUCGACUGUUUCGAGGACGACGUCAAUGUUUACAUAUUGUUAGAGAUCUGCCCGCAUCAGUCAUUAAUGGAGUUGUUGAAGACCCGUAAGGUGUUGACCGAGCCGGAAACCCGUUUCUUCAUGACCCAGGUUGUCGGUGCUAUCAAGUACUUACACGGUAGACGGGUCAUCCACAGAGAUUUGAAGUUGGGGAAUAUCUUCUUCGAUCCAAACAUGAACUUAAAGAUCGGUGAUUUUGGCUUGGCCUCUGUGUUGCCAGCUGGUGACUCCAGAAAGUACACCAUCUGUGGGACGCCAAACUACAUCGCCCCAGAGGUACUUGGGGGUAAGACUACCGGACACAGUUUCGAGGUUGACAUCUGGGCUAUCGGUGUGAUGAUGUACGCUUUACUCGUCGGGAAACCACCCUUCCAAUCCAGAGACGUUCAGGUGAUUUACGAGCGCAUCAAGAACAUCGACUUUGCCUUCCCACCGGAUAAGGAGGUUUCGCCCGAAGCGAAGGCCUUAAUCAAGGACUUAUUAAGCUUAAACCCCUUGCACCGCCCUACCAUUGACGAGAUUUUGCAGUACGACUGGUUCAAGGGUCCGAUUCCGAGCACGAUUACCCCGGAAACGUUGGUUGGAAAGCCAAGAAACGUUGACAGCAUCUCCAGACAGCAGGCUUCGGUCAACUUCAACCAUGUGAAGGCCAAUGCUGGCAUCUACAGUCCGUCAAACAAGGCACCGGUACAGAUUUUGAAGUCGGACUUGGAGUCGGAAAAGCCGAAGGCGUUGUUGCCGCAAUCCUUGUCGCCGGGUGAUACCAAAUAUAAGUACAAGGAGGUAGACCCGAAGCAGGUGGGCAAGCCGAGAAGAGUUUUCAACACGUACAUCGCCACUACCAAGGAUUUGGACCAAAAUUGUUUCGACACCUACCAGAACAUGCGCAAGAUCGAGCAUCUCAGAGACGACAGGCUCGGCAGCUUCGAGUUGCCAACCUGUGAAAAGCCUGUGCUUGUCAGCAAAUGGGUCGACUAUUCGAACAAAUACGGAUUCUCAUACCAAUUGAGCACCAAUGAUAUUGGUGUCUUGUUUAACGAUGAAAACACGGUGUUGAAGUUCCACAAUAGCGAUAAGUUCUUGGAGUUAAUUCUCAAUAAGAACGAGGGGUGGAUUGCGAUUGAAAACUCGUCCGUUAAUCCUCCGUCCGAGUCUAGAAAGCAGCUUGAUAUUGUUGAUUUUUUUGCGAAAUACAUGAAUAGCAACCUCUCCAAAGUUUCCGAUAACGAGGAGCGGAAGGAGACCGUUUUUUUAAGACGCUACACCCGAACAAACGAGUACAUCAUGUUUGAGCUCACUGACGGCAGUUUCCAGUUUAACUUCAAGGACCACCACAAAUUCUGCAUUUCCAAGGCAGGGACCGUGAUUACCCACGUCUCGCCGAACCGUGGGAUCGAGACCUGCCCGUUGAUCUUGAUCUUAAAGCAGGGGAACUUUUCGCGCGAAGAGGUUCCUGAGUGUUUGGAGAAGAUCAUGGUUGUUAAAGACGCCAUCAAGAGAAAGGCCUUUAGAGAGUAGAUUGCUCCCAUCUUCCUGCCUUUACUUCAUGCUGUACUCUUAACGAUUCCCCCAUUGCCAUUACUUCUUUUCGCACUUACUUCCCUGAAGCACUUGUCUUACUCAUUAAAAUACCUUUUCCUUCAUUUCGUUUCUCGCCUUUCGCACGUCAUACUUGUUUGCCCUUCCUCUAUAUAUUCUGAUAAAAACUUCUGCAUAGCACCUGGUUCAUAAAAACACAGUGGGUUGUAAAAUUCCAGCUAGUUCUACGGGACAUGUUACAAAUGGAUGAUAUUAAUUAGUAUACAAG